UUAAAGAUAAUUCCUAAAAUACCGUUUAACCGAGGAUACUUUAACAUUGAUAUUGAUAUGUAUGGUAAAACUAAAAGUGCAGUGUGCCGGGUAUCUUGGUAGAGAAAUUUUGAAGCCACGGGUUGUCAUAUCGUGAGGAUAAAAGAAAACUUGCUUGUGGCCGGGGUUUCGUUUUCCAUGGAAUCAACUGUUAAUGAUUUGCUGUGGCACAUCUUUCUUCGAUUUACGUAGCGCCAACGCUACCUAGCUAGUCUAGCGAUAAAAAGUUUGUGCAAGAGAGCCACAAAGUGUAUUCUACACCACAUGAGCUAAAGUGUCAUUCUUUGUUCUUGGGAGAAAUUUAAAUUUAGGGAACGGUUUCGUAUUAUUUGACAGCUGCUGUCUAUUUAUGAAAUCCGGUCACAUGAAAUGAAAAUAACAGGUGACACCGCAAGUGCGUAAUCUGUGGGUGACACGAAGCUUCUCUGAAGCAAGAUAGGCAUUUCCCCGGUAAUCGGGCUGACAACGUUUUCUCUGCUUCCAACCAGAAUGAUGUUUCCUUCCUCCUGUGACACCUUUGUGGCCUUGCCUCCAUCGACAUUGGGGCAGCGUGUUGUCUUUGGAAAGAACUCUGACAGGCCCUGUGAUGAGGUCCAAGAGGUGGUCUACUUCCCAGCUGCAAACCAUGAAGCAGGACAGAAAGUGGAGUGUACCUACAUUGAGAUCGAGCAGGCUCCCCACACCUAUGCAGUGGUGUUAAGCCGUCCUGCCUGGUUGUGGGGUGCAGAAAUGGGGGCAAAUGAGCACCAGGUGUGCAUUGGGAAUGAGGCUGUGUGGGGCAGACAAGACGCAAGUGCUGAGGAGGCUCUCCUGGGCAUGGAUCUGGUCAGGCUGGGUUUGGAGAGGGCAGACAGUGCCCAGAAGGCCGUGGAUGUGAUUGCUGAACUGCUGGAAAAAUAUGGCCAAGGGGGGAACUGCAUGGAGGACGAAAGCAUCUUCACUUACCACAACAGCUUCCUGAUCUCAGACCGGACUGAGGCCUGGGUGCUGGAGACGUCUGGGAAAUACUGGGCAGCGGAGAAGGUGGAGGAGGGAUAUCGCAACAUCUCCAACCAGUACUCAAUAACCACCAAGAUAAACCGGGAGCACCAGAAGAUGAGAGAGUAUGCCAGGAGUCGAGGCUGGUGGGACGGGAAGGCCCAGUUCAAUUUUGCCGAAGUUUAUUCUUAUAUGAACACGGCCAGGAUUGAAGCCUCAGGCAGCCGAUACUGUGAAGGUCGCAAACUCCUGGAGAAAAGUAAAGGUCAAAUCACAGCGGAGACGAUGAUGGGGAUUCUGAGGGACAAAGAGAGUGGAAUUAACAUGGAGGGGAUGUUCAUGACAACGGGAAGUAUGGUGUCUGUUGUGCCCUGCGACCCCUCCCUGCCGGGAGUGCACUACUUCACCGGAACACCGGACCCUGAGAGGUCAGUUUUCAAGCCUUUCAUUUUCGUGGUGGACAUUAAGCAGCUGAAGAAGACCUGUUCUCCGUGCUUUGGGCCAGAUGACCCCGUGAAGGUGAAACCCCGUUUCCAGAACAAGCCGGACCGCAAGCACCACCUUUUCCUCAGACAUGAGGUGGUGGGUGCCAUCAUUGAGACUAAGAAGGAGCGGGGGAACAAAAUAGUACAGCACAUGAGAAAGCUAGAGAAGGAGAAAAUGGCCGAAAUGGAAAAGCUUCUGAGCGGUGGGGUUGAAGAUUCUACUUUGGUUGUACAUCUCUUUUCAAACACCAUUGAGGAGGAGCUAAAUGUGUACAGCAAUCAUGAGUAAACAACAAUGCCAGUCAAGAUGCAUUUUUCCUUCCCAAUUUCAUGCCUAUAUAAACAUUACAUAGAAGUAAUUGGUUUUGUUGAUGCAAAUAUGCACUACUAUGCGCUGUUUUACGUAUAAUUUCCCACAAUACAACAUUUUAAUUCAAAUUACUUAAUAUACUGUAUAUUGGUAAUGCCCCAUUUAUUUUAUUGAUUACCAAUUGCAGUUAAUUAAAAGUUUUAAAAUGUUUAAAUUUCUUGUAUGUAACAACAGUACAUAAUGAGUUAUGAACAUUGAUCAAUAUCAACAAAAUAUAUUCUCAUGAAAACAGACAAUAAUUGAACUGUAUAUUGCAUAAUUAUUACAUUUUUGUGUACCUGUGAAAUCACACUCACUUUAUUUUUAAGUGUUCAUUUAGUCUCAAGACAAAUGUAACCCCUUCCAGGUAUGGAAGCAGAUAAAUAAUGAAGUUUACUUUUGAUGUAAAGCGUGUCAUUUCUUUAAAAAAAUAAAAUAAAAAAAUUAAAAAGUUGA